AGAUGUCUAUCAAUAUUGCGGAGCUCUGUCUGUGAUCGAACUCAGAAGCGCAGCAUAAUCUUCAAAAUGGGGAACGAAACACCUACGAGAGUUGUGGGAUAUUAUGUUGUAUUUCCUCACAUUCCUGAUGAAACUGUGGAGAACAAUAGUUUCUUGAGCAACAUCGCUAUGGGUAGGGAUUGGCCGACAUUGUCUACAUCUUCUCCGAAAGAAAUGUAUGAGGGCACCGUACGUAUGCUUAUGGAAUACGGUGCUACAUGCAUGGAACAUCUGGAGCUUAUAGAAAAAUUACCUCCUGAAGAACGCACGUUCGAAACUGUGGUUGAGCCACUUCUAACGGAGGAAUACGACGUGGAUUAUGCCUUGCAAACACUUUUGCUUAAAAUGCUGACAGAUUGGCCUGACUGUAAUCGAAAUGUUUUCGACGCAGAUCUACAUCAUAUUAUGAGUGCACGCGAUCGCAUGGAAAAGCUAUCCAGCUUAAAUUUUCAAAUAGCGAUUAAGCAGCUUUAUGAUGCGAAGAACGGUUUAUCGACAUGGCAGCUACGCCUUCUCGAGUGGUAUUUGUUAGAGGUACGCGCAAGCGGCUUGGAUAUAACAGAUGAAAAAUCGCGAAAGCUGAUUGGAUCAUGGAACAAAUUCAUAGAUGAGUUCCGGAGCAACUCAAAUAUUAUGGCAACAAACGACCAGCAUAUUUUUACGGCAUCUUUCGACCAUGAUUUUUACAACAAUUCUAUAAAUGUCGAGGAGCUCCGACAUAAUAACGAAGGUCUCGCGAAAGCUUUAGGCUACACAUCGGUUGCAGAGCAUCGACUGGCAAACAAAAUGGCUACAUCUCCUGAAACUGUCCGAAACUUCUUGAAUGCGCUGACCCGCCGUAUUCGUCCAGUUUUCAUAGAUCGGAUGGAAUCGUGGACAGCAUUUGCACAAACCCAGGAACUUAUGUCCUCUAAUUUACAAGCCUAUGAUAUGGCGUACAUUUGUAGAAAGGAAGCUGAACAACUUUACGAUGUCGACCCACUAGAUUUGAUGGGUCACUUCCCAUUUUGGCCAACGUUUCAAAAGUUGACGAACAUUACUGAGCAAAUAUUCGGUUUACAUUUCAAGGACGUAACGGACGAGGGUCUCGAACGAGUGCAUUCCGACGUGCGGAUUUUCAGCGUGAAGGACCUCGCCACUGAUGAACACUUGGGAAGAUUAUACAUCGAUCCCUAUGAUAGGGAAAAUAAACGUGGUGGAUGGAAUGCGCUACUCGGCCGUAUGGAGUCUAAAGCCCGGAACCUCGACAAGAUUGUAUAUUUGGUUGGAUCUGCUAUUGCACCUACACAUACCGCACCGUCUCUUCUUCAUCAUCAACAACUUCAGCAGCUGCUUUUCUAUGUUGGACGUUCCUUACAAAUGUUAUUGUCGCGUUCACCAUAUCGAGAUAUCGCUAUUCCAUGGGCACCAUUUUAUGCUAGUGAUUGGGAUGCAGCUGAUGCAGUUCCGGCAUUCUUACAGUUCUUCGUGUACAAACCUACCUUACUUCAGUCUCUUAGUUCCCCUCACAUUGUUAGUGACACCACAAUAUCAGAUGAUAGGGCGAACAACAUAUGUCUUGCACUGUCACGAGCCACCCUUUGGGACUCUUAUCGUACCUUAUUUUGGUCAGAUUUCGACCUAACCGUAUUUGAAAUGGAAGAUAGGAAGUGCGUAGCAUCAUAUUUCGUCUGUAAUUUUGGUUUCAAUUUCAUCGGAUUGGAGCUUUUCAGACAGAAGUUUUGGCUUGAUUUAUAUCGUGAAAUGUCUGAAGAAUACUUCCCUUUUAAAACUUCAAGGAACGAUUACCAUCCAUGCUCAUUCAUACCAAUAUUUGGUCUUCAACCCUAUAUGGGAAUGUAUUAUCGUAAAUUGUGGACUGAGAUGCUAGCACUGGAUAUUCAUGAAACUUUUGAUUUCGAAAACGAUGUCAGGAAAACUGGUGAUCGAUUGAAAGCAACGAUACUUUCUCGAGGAUCUGGAGACAUGGCGAAGGAGCUGUAUCGACGAUUCCAGGGUCGUGACCCCAGCGUUGUGAUGGCGAGUAUCGCUACUACAGCAGCUGGCGACACGAAAACACCCGAAGUGACCGUUGUUACUGAAGUUCCGCCGAGUUUGCACAGAGCGUUGUUGCUAAUGGCCAAGAACUUCUUCUCUAAGGAGCAUUAUCUUGUUGUUUAUUACAUAAUGAGAUCUGUUUGCAUACGAGAGGAGAUUCUGAGAAAUCGACUGAACUUCGAGCAAAGGCACUUGAGGCAGUUGAUUGCGGCACUCAAAAACGAAAAACUAGUGAAGGAUCGGCUGCUUCAACAAAAGAAUGAAACCGGCAGGAACGUAUCGAUCAUCUUUUAUUUCAUUAAUUAUCGUGCUAUCAUCAACGUACUAAAAUAUAAAAUUGAUCACAUGAGGUUAGACAUGGACAUUGACCGUAUAUUUGACACACAAACGGGCACCUUGAAAUGCUGGCGGUGUCAGGGCGAAGUUACACAAGAUAUUACGGGAGGGCCUACUCAAGUUACCAGGACGUUGUUGGCUCGGUUUAACGAACAAAUGCUACCUCUUUUUGCUGCAAUUCGUGAGUUAGCUGGUAUUCAGCUGGCACCGCAUCUCUUAGAACCAGAUAUAAAUCAGUACUUAGCUGAAGAGGAUAAAAGUAUUUCAUACUUUAUGAUGAUUUUCACGGCAUUAGUUUGGAUAUCACUUGGACAUUUGUCUUGGAGAACAUACUUUGGAUAUGAGCAAUAUGUCAAACUUGCUAUGCACCCCUAA